ACUUCAUCGAACAUAACUUGGAAAGCAAUCAUUCAGUGAAGACAAGUCAUCUGCAUAUCUGCCCAACUGGGAUGUCGUGAGCUAGACUGGUUGUUGACUACGUUAACAGCCCAGUUACCAAUGUCCACUGGCGAGGGUGCAGUUACAGCGUAAGGAAGGGUCUUCAAAUCAAUCUGUUUAGUUAAAUGAGGGCGGGCUGUAUUUGUUGUUAACUAACAGACCGAAACCCUGGACACAAUGCAAAGAGGGUAAAUGGAGAGACCCAAUUGAAGAAUGAUGAAUAUGCGGAAUGCAAACUCAACGGCGGUAACUAACCACAACAAAAACCUGUUGCCAUCUUCAGAAUUCCAAGCAACCAUCUAUAGGUAACAUUUGCAUGAUUCCCGACCCGCUUUCUUGCCAUGAAAAUGCCCAAAACGCCCACGGCCAGCAGGGCAAGUCUGCACAGAAAGAGCCCGCCAUCUACUGGCUGCCUGAGCUCCAUUUUAUUUAACCUUGAUUGGCAAUUAAUGAGGGCGGAUUCCUGCGCAGAGUCAGCCUUGCCAGGGUUUUUAACAUUUGUUUGUGGGGGGAAUGGCUUGCCCUCUCCUCUCCAUGCGACACAGGACACCAGAUCUCAAGCAAGAUACAUACAUGAACAAGAUGAUAUGAAGUUUUUUUUGUCAUUCGUGGCUCUUCCCACCACCACCACCACCAGGCAGCCUCAACCGCCCAGUUGGUGCCUGGAAGAUUCAGGCAAACUCGCCCAAUCUGGUGGAUGCAUUUGGGCGGCGGGGACAGACUGGAGGAGCUCUGAUUUGCGCCAUCCCGUUUAACAUUUUCACGGCCAAUUAUAACGCUCGGGCAAACUGAUUUGGCAACGUUGAGGCUGAGAAGACAAGUCAACCGCUCCACCAAGGAUCAAGUUGACGGCGUUAUUUUUCCUUUCUGGGCUUCUUCUGGCCCCCAAAAUCUGCGGGCGGACCCCGCUAAGCCCUAAUCCUUGGACAGUGCCGCUCUUCAAGCAGGGCCAGAAGUGCACAAGCAACUUCUGUCCAAAGAUGGAGCGAACGUGAUACCCUCGAAAGCCUACCGGUUCUGUUCAGCAAAUCAGCUGCUGAAUUGGCCUGGCUGCGAAGAAAAAUGGCCAAAUCCUCCCUCACCGACACGAAUUAAUAAUCCUCCUCGCUAUUCUAUCUACAAGAUUUCUUUCAACCAUUCUUCUGCCCGUAGUUGGGCUUCUGGAAUUGUGUGACCUAUUUGAAGGCACACAUUUAAUUUAACUACUAUAUAGUUACCCGAUCGCUGGCUCUUUAACGGACACUGUCACGAAUCACAAACCGUUCAUUUGUCGAGCUUCCGUUUUGACACACGCAUCCCAACCCCUCAGCAAACUUCUCAGGUUCAUUCAUCCCUCUAAGCUCCAUAAAAGCUAGCAUUCUCCCAAGCGACUGACUGAGAUAAAAUAAGCGCCUGCUCGCCUGCUCCGACUCCAGUUUCUCUCCAUCAAGUUCUCUGUCCAACGGCCAUCCUGUCUAUGCCCCCUUACGAAGAGGGCCAUUACCCCACUUUCCAACAGGAGAGUUUAGUUUUCCUCCACGUUUUUGCUCAUCCAAGAAGACCCAAACCAGCUUUGAGCUUUAUCCCGGCUACCGUUUAACCUUUCCACCUGGAGUUGAGCCUGCUUGUCAAUAUUUACAUUUUUGACCCUAUACUGAACCUUGGAGGAAGAGAAGUAGCUACAGAGAGGAGUAGUCACUUGACCUUCUAUCAGAGGAUUGCACCCCAGACCAAGCGGGGACUUCCAAAUAUGGCACCGCCUCAUAUCAUCUUCGGUGGUGGUGGCUACUCUUCCUCGGACGAGGACUCAUUUGUGAUUCGAGCACGCCCCAGAGUUCGCCAGCAUUCUCGUCCGCGAGAAGUUAGAGUAGAUAACUUGGAGGUUCCCAGACGUGGACGUACUCGUGCUUCGUCAGUAGGCCCCCAGGGUAGAGAUGGCAACAUUUUCAUCGUUAACGAAGCUCGCUCCCCGAGUCGCGAACGCUCCCACUCUCACGUUCGUGCGAGGCCAAGACUAUACGCCGAAGAUGGUGCCCUGGUAGACUUGGACGAACAGAUGGAGCAACUGCGACGCCACCGGCGGCCCCGCUCCCGUUCUGCCCAUUCCCCGCACCUGGAUAUCGAAGAGCACGUCCGGCUGGAGAGGCUAAAAAUCUUGGAAAGACGUGAAGAAGCCUUGCUGGAAGAGCGCAAUAGAAAAUUAGACGAACAAAUCCAAGAUUUACAGAAGGAGCGAGAAAAACGAAUUCGCGAGAGAGAGCGGGAAUUGGAGCGCGAAAGGGAGCGCGAAAGAGAACGCGACAGGGACCGUAAUAGAGAACGCGACAGAGACCGUGACAGGGAUCGUGACAGAGACCGUGAUAGAGACCGUGAUAGAGACCGUGGCAGGGAUCGGUCAAGUCGCGACAAGGACCGUAGCUUGUCUCGCCGGGAUAUCGAAUACGAAUUACAAAUAGAAAAACUACUGCAGAUGCAGCAUGACUUGGAAGCCCAGAGAUACAUCGACGAUCAAGUCCUUGUGAGACGCGCACAGGCUAAGGAAGAGGAAGAAGCAGAAAAAGAGCAAGAACAACGAAUCCGUGAGAAGAUAGAGGCUGAGCGAGCCAAGCAGGAAGCCGAGGAGGCCGAGCGGAGAGCGUACGAAGCUAAACUAAAAAGGCAAGCAAUCGAUGAAUACAACAGAGUGGAAGCAGAAAAGAAGCAGAGGGAAAAGAAGGAGAAAGAAAAGGCAGACAAGGAGUUUGAAGAUCGUGCUAGGGCGACGCUCGCAAAAUCCGGUUAUACUGAUGAGCAAAUCACUGCAAUACUCAAGGGAGAGAAGGAGAAACCGAAAGCUAUUGCUCAAGCACCCGUAAAGCCAACUUUUAUCAAGGUCUCCAGCCAACACAUAUCACCCGAUACACUAGAUGCUUAUCACAUACCAUGGGAAUGGGAUGACCGUGACAGGGAAUUCAUUCUUAUCAAACGCUGGAUUACAGACGAUGAGCAGGAAGAACUCUUCGAACACACUAAAAUGCUACGACAAGGGCAAAGACUUCUGAUUGCCCCUGCUCCUUCCCCACAGCCACCAGUUGGUGUCAGAGUUCGAGAUCGUGAUGAGAUGUUUUUGGUUCGAACGAGGAAGAAGUCGCCCCGGCGACAGAGUGGUUGGGGAUUGUGGUAAAAAAAUCUUCUCCAUCUGAUUUCUUCUGUCAUGCGGUCUCAAGUAGUUUCUCAUGUCUAUUUAACUUGAUGUCUAUCUGCGCUUUCAUGUUUACAGGCCUAGCAGACGUGUGUAUCUUGAUUCCUAUUAUCUCCCGUCCCCCAAUAGCGCCCCCGACCCUCAAACCUUUUGCCACCCUGCUGGUCUCCAACCUCUUCCUUUCUUGCUUUGAUUUGCUAUGGUGUUUUGAUGCUUAGUGUCUAAUUUCUUUGAUAAAUUCUUUGUCAUUUACCCGCACACGUAGAGUGUACUCUCUACUUUUGUUUGUUCUCUUUUCUUUCUGAUUUCAGUUGCAAUUUUGUUAUUUCGCUCUUAAAUACCUCUACAGAUGUGUAACGAAGAAAUGCCUUUUUUCCCUAGAAUUUAUCAAGCGGCGCAGCAUGGUGUCACGAGGCCCUGAGUUGUAAAAUGUAAACCAGUUUUAUCUUGUCAACCCCAACCCCUUGGUGCAUUCCCUGCACUUAUUUGUCUCUGCAGCGGCCAGCUAACGGACAAAUAAUUACUUCCGUUUCCUUCACUCUUCCGGAAAGUGCUACAUUCAGAACUCAUUAAACCUUAGAGAGCAGGAAAUGCAUUAGCAAUUAGAUCUUCCUCAAUCCCUAAUAUCUAAAGAUUUUUUUUUGAAUGCUAUAGAUCUGUAAAGUACCAA